UUCUGAGAUAAUGAACACACAAAGAGAAUCCAGAAUAAUCCGACUGUCAGAAACAAAGACUUCUUGGGAGGAUCAAGGUAGCUUGGAAGUAGCAGCUGGAAAGCUAGAGGUUAUGGAGAAGUUCUUCACUCCUUUGCCCCACUCUGCUUCUUGUAGAUUAGCCAAAGAGGAAAGAAAAGAAAGAUCAAGCUGGAAUGGAAUGCAAGAUCCAUACAAUGUAGAAUCUUUCUCCUCUUCCUCACCUUCAUCGUCUUCAUCACAAUGGUCAUCAGAAUCAAACUUUGAGGGCCAAGCAAGAUUUUCAGGGUACCAUUCUCGUGCUCCCCAUUCCCGCUCUUGCAACGAUCUCACUGUAGGCAGAAUGAGGAAAAAUGAUUAUGAAAAGAGGGAUUUGGAUGUGAAACAAAAAGCUUCUCUAGAUUUGAAGGCACUUGAAAGAGAUAAUAAAGGCACGUCUUCUACAAGACUCAACAGAGUUGGGUCUUUGAAAAAGAAGAGUCAUUCGGAACAUGUAAAACAUUUGGAGCCUACUGAUAACCGGGUAAGAGAAGAUAAAAAAAUCUUAAAAGAUGGGGGUCGACGAGCCAAAUCUAUGGAAACUCUGGCACAAAAAGAAACAGGGAAAAAACAAGGAAAAGAGAAAACUAAGGUUAUUGAGCAGAAGAAACGGUUCUCUCGAUUCCUUGAUGAAAUAACAAUACAGGUAUUGAGUCCAUCAAACCUUAAUUCCUUGGGGGUAAAGGAAGGGAAAGCUGCUGGUGCACGAGAGCCAUGGAAGAACUCGAGCACAGACAGCUCUGGAUCCAGAGGGAAAAUAAGCCAGCAUACUGCUGCUACAGAGCAUCAAGAGUCAAGGAGGAAAGGAAAGGGAAAAGUAGAGACUUCAACUAGACCAAAGGUUGGUGUGGACACACCUAGGUCACGAAGAAGCAGGGAAAUGAGUACUAGUCCUGACUCUGCCUCAUCCACAGCCUGGAAUAGAGUUAGGGUGGACCGAAGUCCUGCCCCAUCUGCCUCAAAAUCACCACCAAGAAAAAGUAAAGUCUGCGACUCACACAGAGGUUUACAGGGCAGGGAAGUAAAGAGCAAAAGUAGAUUUGACCAGAUGGAAAGGGAGCGUAAUGAAGAUUGUGCAACUGGAAAAGUAAUAAUACAAGGAUGGGAUUCCUAUGUUGAUAAAUCCCCAAACUGUGAGUUGUCCAAUGAAAUGACUUCCCAAGCAUCAAUCAUACCCCCUCCAGAGUGGUGGCGAGACAUGGGGGAAAAUGUCACAGCGUUGCCUUCAGUGAACAAUGAUAAUGUCCCAGACAGUUCCAGAAGGACUAAGGAAAGCUUUCCUGGUAGCAAAUCGAUUUACGGACAACAAGAGAGUAAAUGUCAUCCUGAUACUCAAAAUGAGAAAUCGGAGACCGACAAGGAUUGUCUGAACAAGAAGAUCACAGAGCUCCUUGACCAUCUAGUACGGGCCCAAAGCACUAUCUGCGCCCUAGAGAAACUCAACGUAUCCUCCUUGCUUCACCAUCUUCCACCAGAUAUGUUGGAGUCUGUGAAGGCUUCGCCUCUACCACUUGAUGUUAGCAGCCAGACUGAAGGCUUGAAGGACCCCAAUACAUCAACUGGCAUCUCUGCCGAAACUCAUUUCCCAGAUACUGAAGGUGGUGAUUCAACGUAUACUACAACAAACAAUAUGGAUAAAGCAUCCGUACUACCACGGCCCACUGCUUUUACCCCAUGGAGUCCUAAAAAGCAGAAAUCUUUCCCUGCUCUUCACACAUUAUAUACUUCUACUGAGAGCGAGUGCAGCUUAGAAGAUUUCCUUCCUACAUGCAAAUUUCUCUGCCCUCGAUUCCCGAACCUGGGAGAAAGUUUUUCUGAUGAGAGAAAGGAUGGAGGAAGCUUGGAUGCUGCUGAAACCACUGCAGAAAAGAGGAUAUCUGUGUCUACAAAAUCAACUUUGCCAUUCCAGAACCUUCUUCCCACUCACCGUCUUCCACACCAUAAAAAUCACAUCAGGCCCAGUAGCUCUGAAAGCUCUGGGGAUGACCUUCAUUUUAGUUGUGCUCAGAUUCCAUCUCAGGAUGCUGCUUUGGACUACCUAUCUGCUCAAAACAUACUAGACACACUUUUAGGUUUGACCUCAUCCCCCGAACAAUUUCCUUUUACCCAUAUCAAAAACAUAGGGGCAAUAUCCAUUCCUGAUCUUCCAUCAAUUAGUCAUACUACACGAGCUGACUUCCAAUUUUCAAAGGAUUUUGACUUUCCAAAACUAAAUUCUAAACAACCAUUCCAUCCUUCAGUAAAUGAAGGCAACUUACACAGUUCUGAAAUAAGUUCUCCUAAUAGUUCGAUGAAUUCCAUGCUUCGACCUAAAGAUGAUCCAGGUCAUAGACUCCAGCAAAGUGACUAUACUGUACCCCCACUUCCAUCCAAAAGGUCCUCACUUCCAAAGGGAUUUGGAAGUAAUUUCCUAAAUCCUGCAGAGGAAACUCGGUAUUGUCCUGCAGGAAAACAAGAAGGCUCAGCUCAUCACAAAUCAGAUUGCCAUAGAUCACCAAAUUCUGUCUGUACCCAAAUACCUGGGCACGUGUCAGAUCAUCUCAAUACCCAUUGUGCACCAAGUGGUAUACGAAGUCCAGCAGCAAGUGGACCAAUUGCAAGUAGCAGGGAGAGUCAUACCUUUUCUAAAACUCACAAGUUAGAAGGAGGCUUAGAAAGGAAACCUCGGAAAGAGAGAACAGUUCACUUCCAGACACUGAACAGUGAGGGGCAAACCAGAGACGGACAGUUAACACUAAAGUCCAAGUUUAUGACUACUGUGGUUGGAAAUCAGGAAUUUGGAGAUAGUGCUUCAUUGGAUUCAACCCUACUUUGAAGAGUGUCUCAUCAGAAAUAAAUAUGGAACUUUCAAGCUGUAAUAAAAAAAAACAAAAAAAAAAACAACAACAUCCAAAGAAAACUAAGAAGAAUAAAAUUAUAACACUGAAAUCUUCAGAUUGGUAUGCCUCUAUCGCAACAUAUGAUGACAUUUGUAAUUAUACGUGCCAACUGAAGUUGAGUUCAGGGCCUAUAUAUACAUACAACUUUCUAUGGAGCAGGUUGUUCAUAAAUAUUAUGCAGAUUUUUGUGAUCAUUAUUAGAAACUUGAAUUUUACUAUAAGCAGAUUGAAAUGUAUUAAACGUUUGGAUUUUUAUUCACUCUUCUAUAUGACGAAGCAUAAAAUGUCAGCUCACCGUGGACAGUAAACCAUAAACACUAUGUGGAUUUUUGUGUCAGUGAUAUUUAGUACGUCAAAUAGAAAGGCAACAUUUGAGCAUUCCAAGGAUUUUGUUGACGUGGUAGCUGUGUUCUGUAUGCUAUAGGUUUAUUGUUAGUGUUACUAAAUUAUUUGUUGACUAAGGAGUCACAAAAUCUGAAUAUGCAUGCUAUUUUCAAAAAAAAAUUAUCUUGUUAAUUCCAAAUUAAAGGUUACAUUUACAUACACGCAUUGACCCAUAACGUCUAUAUUUACUCUAACCAUCCCUUUAAUGACAUACCUUUAGGAUCAAAAAUUAGAAAAGACAAUAUGCAAAGAAAUUUGUAUUCAUAUUGGAUAAUGUAUAACACAAUAUGUAAAAGUAACAGUAAAAUCUUAACACAACCUUA